GCAAAAGCAUAUUAGAAUGAAUGGAAUCAUUUCAUUACCUUUGCUGUUUGCUCUCUUUUUCUCUCUCUGCAUCAAUUAUUCAUUUCCAUUCCUAAACCAUAACCCUUCGCUCUGAAACAAUUCUCAGCACAAAGAAUGGAAGAAGCUGCCGCCGCCGCCAUGCUUCAAGUUCUAUUUGAAACCCUCAAGAAUGAGGUCUCACUUGUUCGAGGUUUCAGAAAUGAAGCAAAACAGUUAACUCAGAAUCUGGACAUGAUCCAGAAAUUCUUGAGUGAUGCAGAGAUGGGCUCCAUCCCCGGUGAGGCUGUCAAGAAGUGGCUCACGGAUCUCGGAGACGUGGGUUUCGAUGCUGACAACGUUCUGGAUGAAAUCAAAUACCAUCAACUCUCCAAACAAAGCAAGGCUAUGAUGGCCAACAAACCCAUGAAACAAAAGGUAUUAUCAUACUUCUCAUGCUGCCUUCAUAUUUCACGUGCUCGAAGUAUGGCUCAUAGAAUCCAACAAAUCAAUGGGAAUUUGGGGGUCAUUAACCAAAGGGCUGCCGACCUUGGCCUCGUCGGGAGACUUGCUGCUGCUGUGCCCACUUUGCCUGACGUUGCUUGUGAAACUGAGUCAUUCUCUCUUGAUCCAAUUUUUAUUGGAAGAGAUGAGAUGAAGUCGGAAAUAGUUGAACAGCUUACUGCUUGUAUCAAAACUGAUGUACGUAUUUCUAUCCUUGCCGUUGUGGGAAUGGGAGGAUCGGGGAAGACAACUUUGACUAGGGAAGUCUUCAAUUCUCUAAAAGAUGAGAAUCGGUUUGGAUCACAUAUUUGGGUGCAUGUUUCUCGAAAUUUUGAUCCACUCAUUCUUUUCAACAAAAUCCUCAAAAGAUUAACUUCUCCAAGUCAAGUCGAAAUUGGGGAUAAGGAAGGUGUUUUAAAAGAACUUGAAGAUGUUUUAAAAAAUAAAACAUAUCUUCUUAUUCUUGAUGAUAUUUGGAAUGAAAGUGUUCUCACAUGGGAACAAUUUUUUCAUCCCUUGUUGCGCGUUAGUUCUAUAAAAGGUAAUGCGAUUGUUAUUACCACCAGAAGUAUGGACGUCGCUUCAAUUAUGGAUCCACUUCGUACACAUGAGCUGAAAAUGUUAUCAGAUGAAGAUUGUUGGUCAAUUAUCAAAGAAAAAACUUUUGGAAAAGAGAAUGUUCCUUCAGAACUUGAGGCCACUGGAACUAAGAUUGCAGAAAAAUGUAAAGGUUUGCCAUUAGCUGCUAGCGUAGUAGGUGGAGUACUACUGUGUGAUAAAUCUGAAGAAAGAUGGCAUUCAAUCAAAGAGAAUUGGCUUUCACGCUAUGAAGGAAAUGAUAUCGAACAGAUAUUGAAGUUCAGUUUUGAUAAUUUGUCUCUACCGUCACUCAAAAAGUGUUUUGCAUAUUGUUCGAUUUUUCCUAAAGGUUACAAAUUUAAACCACAGACUCUGAUUGAGUAUUGGAUGGGCGAAGGAUUUCUUAAAGCUGAUGAAAGCAGUGACAUGGAAUCUAUGGGAGAAAAAUUUAUCCAUGUUCUUCUACGCAACUCUUUACUGCAAAUUGCAGAAAGAGAUGUUUAUGGAAAUCUGGAAAGUUAUGUGAUGCAUGAUCUUCUGCAUGAUCUUGCAGCUUCUGUUUUAAGAGGUUCUUUUAAGGAAGAUGAAAUUACCCAAGUUCGAUACAUGUUUCUCGAAGAAUAUUCAACGGCUGUUCUAAAAACAAAUGAAAAAUAUUUGCGCACAUUGCUGUCCGUGUAUCACCAGAAUGAUAACAUGUUCUCAAACUUUGAAUGUCUUCAUGUUUUAGCUUUUCGAGGGUGGAGUGUUUUGUCAAGUGAUAUCAAUAAAGUUGAUUUGUCAAGUGAAAUCAAGAAGUUGAUACAUUUGAGAGUUCUUGAUAUUGACGUUUUACCUAUUGAAUAUCUUCCGGAAUGGAUCGGUGAACUCUUUCACUUGCAGACACUGAGAGCUUGUAAUAGAAAGUUAAAGAAACUUCCAAGUACUUUGAAGAAGUUGAGAAACUUAAGGCAUCUUUAUAUUAAGAAUGAUGUAGAGUUGUUUGCUGAGAUUGGUCUGUUAACUUCUCUCAGGACCCUAAAGUUUUUUAGGGUGGGCGACAAGAAUGGCUACAAAAUUGAAGAGCUCGGAAGUUUGAAUUGUCUCAAAGGAAAACUGGAAAUUGAUAACCUUGAAAGGGUUCGUAACAAGGAAGAAGCUGAGAAAGCAAAACUAUCUAACAAGCCAAAAUUAUUGGUGUUGUAUUUGGGAUGGCAGACUGGUAGAGAAGGUGAAACUACAAAUGAUGAGAAUGUGUUGGAAGGCCUCCAACCUCCCUCACGUCUGGAGAAGUUGGUGAUUAAAGGAUUUGGAGGCAAAAGAUUUCCAUCAUGGGCUCGAAAUAUGGAAGUUGAUAAUGGGCUUUCAUUUAACAAGUUGGUUUUCAUAACACUCUCCGACUGCUCAGAAAGUGAAGAAAUCCCAAUGUUUGGGCGGUUGCCAAAUCUCAAGUGUCUUGGGUUGUACAGAUUGAGGAAUGUGAAGUCCAUAAAUUCUUCAUUCUAUGGAUCAGUGAAUGAUGAGACACGUACUGUUUUCCCAGCUCUAGAAAAGCUGGUGUUGGAUACCUUGCGUAAGCUCAGAGUGUUGAAGGGAAUUGAAUCAGUGGAUGCAAGUGCUGUCAGCGUAUUUCCUCGCCUUCAACACUUGAUGAUCGAUAAUUGCGGUGUGUUGACGAGUUUUCCUACCCAUUUCUGGUCGUCCCUCAAACAUUUGAGUUUUCGUCGUAUUGACAGCUAUAAGCCUUUGGCAGACAUAUUUCAAACGAAAUUAAUGUUGCUAACAGAGCUUUGUAUUGCUGGAAUAGAUGAUGUAGAAAGUCUCCCAGAUUGGCUAUUCUAUAGUAAUCCCAAUCUCUCAAAGUUGACGAUUUGGAAGUGUUCCAAUUUGAGAGAAAUACCAGAUGGUGUAGGCACCCUCAGUUCUUUGAAAGAGUUUCGCAUAAGUGAAUGCCCAAAUCUGAAACGGAUAGGAGAUCUUGGGGUACAACAAUCACAAGAAAGUCUGAGAUCCCUUACAAGAUUGGAGAUCAUUACAUGCAAGGCUUUGCUGUAUUUGCCAUGUGAAAUGAUAGGUUCCUCACUCGAGCGUUUGGAGUUGGAGGAUUUAAGUAGCCUAGAGAAUCUACCCGAAAUAAUUGCCCGUCUCCUAAAAUCCCCCUGUUUAUCAUAUUUGACAAUCACUGGUGUUCCUCAAUUCAUGACCACUUGUUUUGUUGAGAUUCCGCCUCCUUUGAGUAGCUUGAAAUGGUUAAACAUAGAUGCUAGUGUGGGGGGAUUAAUGGAGACUGUUAAUGGCAUGUUGCAAGGAUGCAGUUCACUUACACAAUUAUACUUGAAGGGGAUGGAAAGUUGGGAAAAUCUACCGGAAUCGAUUCAAUAUGUCACUACUCUUUAUUAUUUAAGUUUGGAGAAUUUUGGAAUGGAAGAGUUACCUGAAUGGUUGGGGAACCUCUCAUCUCUAGGAUGGUUGAAUAUACAAAAUUGUAAGAAGUUAAGGCAUCUACCCUCUAUGGACGCAAUGCGGCGCCUCACUAAAUUAAACACCUUAGUUAUGGAGGGAUGCCCAGAAAUAUGUCUUGUUGAAGAAGCAAGUGAUGCAGCUGAUUCUCAAUGGCCCAACAUUUCCCAUAUCCCCAACAUCUAUAUUGAUGGACGCCGCAUCGUUCGUAAUGGAUAAGUUUGAGGAAAGGUUCGUGUUUGAGUUUGAGUUGCUUCUAAAGAGUGAGGAGGUGAAGGAGUGUGUGCCCAUUAAUUUUCUCCACAUGAUGUCAACAUUCUUCAAAUUCCCGCAGGUUUGGCAAUUGCUUACGUUGUGUGUCUUUCUCUUGCCGUAAAGUGGUUGCAGAAGAAGAUGAAGCAAAGACUUUGUUAGAGCAACGUCCGAAUUUGCUUACCAAAAAACUUUGACGGUUGUACUCAUUUUAUCCCUUAUUGUUGCAUGAAAAUUGUAAAAUGUAAGGUAUUUUAAGAUGUUUGGAUUGGUUUUGUUGUUGUAAAUUAUCAAACAAGAUCCUGUGUUUUGUAGGUAUAUCGUGGUCAUUUGUCUUCUGCUAGAUUAUUGUCACUUGUAUUAGUGCCAUUAUUAUGGGACGGAAGUAGUACUAUAUUUUAAUGUGAUUUGCUAUUGUGUCA